AUGACCCAAAUUGGCUUGUUCUUGUUACUUCUCCUAGCGAUAACAAUGUCUCAGGCUGGUAAGUAUUUUCACUGUCACGCCAUCAAAGAAAAAAAUCAAAACCGUUCAAUAGAUAUAUUCCAGAAUCUGGGAAACAAAAUGGGAUAAAUAUCCUAAGAUCUUCACCAAGAUUCAGGUCAGCACAAUUUUUCGUUUUAGAGAUACUCGGAGAUUUGAUUUACCCAAAGUUAUAGAGCUUUGUGUGGAGCCGCCAUGUUGGUGCCCAUCCGGAUGAACACCAACAUGACGGCCGGAACUCAACACAAACAUCUGUCACUGAGUUUUGCUUUGAAAGCGUGAAUUCAUUCGUCGGGAAACUCUUAAAAAUUAAAGCGAUACUUUUUCUAACACAAUAAUUGUCCAGGUAGCAAAAUCUCCCCAAAUAUGGUACUUUUUUGACCAGACAGCUCUCUCAGCCGCCAUGUAAAUGCUGCGUCACUCAAAAGCUUAUUAGAAAUUCAAGGCACUGUAUCACAAAAGGAAAACUCUUUCGAAGUAAAAAUUGUUUGAAUAUUGAUUUUUAGUACGUAUUAAAACGGUGGAUAAUGUUUUUCACACCCUCUCAUGCUCGGGAUAUCCAGUGCUAUUCACCUCCGAGCGACGCCAAACUUGCUUAAGUUACGAGAAAAAUGUUUUUUCGGUUUUCUUUCGUAAUGUCUCAGUCAAUUCUAAGCGUGGCCAUCCCCCCCUUGGGCAUUUGUCAUGUUGCCUGGUAUGGGCGGUGGGGAAUUGUCAGAAAACCUCUGCCCGGGGGUGGGGCAUUUGUCAAUUCUUCUAGACGCGGUUAACGUCGUUCUUUUUUCAAUAUUUCACUUAAAAAAAUAUGUUUCUUUAAACAACUUUAAAGAGGUAAAGAAGUAUAUGUGGUUCUCGCUCCAUCACUUCCCUAUCCCACAAUAUUUUUUGCAUCCGUUUGCUUCCCGCCAUCGUGAUCAAUUCGCACAUGGAGUAAAAACAAUAAAUGCAUCGUUUGAAGAGUUUAAAGGAAAAGACGCUUUUUUUGUGCGUGAGUGGUUAAGCCAGAAAGGACUAGAAAAACUUUGCGAGAUAUUUGAAAACUAACAUACACUUCGUGCACUGUACGAUCAAUGCAACAAUUUUAAAAUCCGCUGACGAAACGGUUCCAUUGUGAUGAGAAAAUAAGCUUACUCAUGUUAAGCUCAUCGGGGGGUAUGGGCACGCUUGGAAUUGACUGAGCGAUAAUGAGAAAAAAAAGCUGUUCCCGUUGAAAUUCGGUUUUGCAGUUUUUACAGAUAAAGCUUGAAGGGAUUUGUUUAGCUCUUGCGGAGACAUUUCUUCAAAAACAGUUGUGAAUUCUUUCUCUGUUUGAAACCAUCCUGUAAAAAAUAAUAAUAAUAAUAAUAAAAUUAAAUUCAGUUUUAAGCUUUGGUAACGCAUGACGAUGAAAGAUCGAUGAAACCGGUAAAAAGGUUUUUUUGUUACAAAAUUAAUUAACAGUUAAAAUUAAUUAACAUUUAAUGAAUGAUGCUGAAAAUUAUGAACUUAAGCCAAAAUUUAAGCUCUAAAGUUUUCAGUGCGCAGAGUUCUCGACCGAUAAUCAAUUUGAUAAACAUAACAAAAACCAACCAUUGUGAGCGUAAAUCGUCACCCAUAAUAAUAGGUAAUCAAAUGGUAUACUCGUGAAAUUAGGGAAUAAUUUCACACCCGCGUGAAAUUAUUCCCUAAUUUCACGAGUCACAGUUUGAUUACACAUACUAAUAUGUCAUAAAACUCGGGUGGAUAGAUAAUUGAUUACUUUGAUGACGUCAUGUGAGAACCAGCAAUGCCAUGGAAAUAAACAAAAAAGUCGGGAAGAGAGUGAGAUUAACAGGCUCCUACUCUUCUCUUAGAUUUUUUGUUGUCAAGUUUAUCUCGGAUUGCCCAAUGAUGGGGUCUGUCUGCGAUACUAUUCGCCGCUACUGGUCUCCCAAAAUAGUCAAAAGCUAAACCAAUUAAGAUAAAAGCUGUAAUACUUAAGGUGGCUCGACUGGAUUUUUUGGUGGGGAUACCUCCCAUGUUUGAGCUUUAACUACGUCUGCAUGAGUAAAGAUAUGGGAAAAAGGUUACCACAACUGUAUUAUAUAAUGAUGAAAAUUUUUUAUGAUCUGGGUUUUGUUGCAAUCGGAGUCGCCAUGGCAACUUAAUGACGCCAUUACGCUUUUUAUUUAUCUUUGUGUUUCUCUGUACCAGGAGUUUUUUGAAGAAAUCGCUUAAGGGAGUAUGUACCUCCCAUAAUUGCCUCCAUUAUAGCAAAGUUUCAACAAAUUCUAUGAAAGCGUUUUCAAAAUAUUUUGACACGCAGUUUUAACAAUCAUAAAAACAGUGAAAUAGCAUGCUAUCCACACAAUUCGCUAAUAUUUUAAGAAACUGAUAAGCUUUGGAAACGCGGCUUCAUCCCAUAGUGGUUUGAUGCCAUUGAAAACUGCAUACAAAAAAGAGGGGAAUUGCUCUAAGCGAUCGCGAGUAAGAAGAAUUUUAUUGACUUGCAUUCAGCUGCUUUUGUUACAGUUUUUGGACUUAAUUUGGUCCAUGUCUACAAAUUUUGCAUUUUUCAAAAAACCGCUCAAUAAAUUUUUUUAUAAAUUCGACAAUCUGAAGAUCAAUUGUCAAUAAAUAUUCCCUGCAAGUUUCAAGAACAUUGAAAACAGGGAAGACUUUUAAAUAGGGCCUGAAAUAUAACCAAUUUUUUCCCGCGAUUAUGUGUUUACAAGUGAGCGUCCUCAUUAUUCACUGGCAUUGUUUUCAAGUUUCAUAUGCACGUGCACAACUACCAAAAGAUAUAAAUUUGCAUCAAAAAGAACUCUCGAUUACUUUCCGAAGAAAUAUUCGGAAUAUGCUAAUAAUUGGCUUGUGUCACCGACUAGAAUUUGUUGAAACUUUGCCAUAAUGGAGGCAAUUAUGGGAGGUACAUACUCCCUUAAGCGAUUUCUUCAAAAAACUCCUGGUACAGAGAAACACAAAGAUAAAUAAAAAGCGUAAUGGCGUCAUUACGUUGCCAUGCCGACUCCGAUUGCAAUAAAACCCAGAUCAUAAGAAAUUUUCAUCAUUAUAUAAUACAGUUGUGGUAAACCAUUUCCCAUAUCUUUACUCACGCCGACGUAGUUGAUGCUCAAACUUGGGAGGUAUCCCCCCAAAAAAAUCCAGUCGAGCCACCUUAAGAACCUUGCAUGUUUUUAACAAGAUACGUGUUAGGGCCUGUUUACAUGGAGGUGGGGGACCCCAGGAAGGUGAGAUAACAUGUGGCGGGUCACCCCGCCUAUCAUGUAAUUCAACGUGAUCAAAUUAAAAUGAGAAGUAUAUGGACAGGCGGUUUACUCCACCUAAAUGGGUUACCUCGCCUACCUGGGGUCGCCCACCUCCAUGUAAACAGGCUCUAAGAGUUUAUUUUAUUAUAUAAACACCAAUAAAAUACCAGUUGAGCUUUCGCGCGAAAAUUUGAUAUCUUCACACGUUAUUUUCAGAUGGAAAAGAUCACCGUUGCUAUGGCUACAUAAUAAAUCGCGCCUUUCACAGCAAAAAAAUAUUUAAGGGAAAUGGUUUGGCAUUUCAUCGGUGUACAUAUAAUAAAUAGAAAAUUGCAUGGCCGCUUGAGAAACGAAAUUUCUCUUCUCAUGUUGAAAAAUAUUUCACUCGUUUGCUGGGCUCACUCGUGGAAUAUUUUUCAACACUCGAAGAGAAAUUUCGUAUCUCUGCGCGGCCAUGUAAUAUCCUCUACUUCUUUCUUGCAGUCUUAUUACAUGCUAUGGGCAGAGUUCUGAUAAAGCAGUGAAACUUUAUUCUUCGUAUUAUUACUGUUUGUCGUCCGAAUUGUAGCGUCAUAAAAAACAGCUGCAUUAGCUUGCAUUUGAACAUAAAUGCCACCUGUAUUAUUAUUAUUAUUAUUAUUAUUAUUGUUAUUAUUAUUAAUAAUUAGUGUCAUCUCAAAGGACAUCUUCCGGGAGUUGGUCCCUUCCAUUCUUAUGUAAUUUUCUUUGCUUUUCUCUAUAAGGCCGAAACCUCACAUGUCCUCAAGACUGGAAAGAAUUUGAAGACUCUUGCUACAAGGUUAUGGAUAGUUUUGGUUAUUCGCGGGAAUUCAGUUGGUCGGGAGCUUUAAGCGUGUGUUAUGGGUUUGGAGGAGACCUUGUUAGUGUGGCCAAUAAAAAGGAAAUGGAUUUUGUUUAUAGCCUUUCUCCCAAUAUCACCGACAAUCCAGCUUGGAUUGGGCUGGUUUAUCAGUUCCGGAAAAAUGAAUAUUUAUGGAGCAAUGGAGAAUCUUUUAAUGGGUCUUUUUCCGUCGAGUCGCUUGAUUACUGUAUAAAUAGUACUGUAUGUGAAGACAAAUGUGGCGAAAUCUUCAGAAAUGAUUUGAACCUCACCAAAUGUUGCAAGAAAAACAAAUAUUUCAUCUGUGAAAGGGCGAAAGGUAGGUAGUUCCUAAGAAAGCACUUGAUAAGAAAAAAAUUAAGGAUAGGCGGGGUUGUGUUUUUUUUGUUAAAAACAUCUCAUAAACUACAGCUACAAACCAGUGGGGAGUACCGGACCUUCUGUAAACAAAUAUAAGGAUACAAAGAGAUUUUGAUAUUCUUUUGUAUCUCAUCUCUGUAUUCUCUCAGUCUUCUUGAUGUAAGGAUCAGUUUUUAAUUUGUAGUUUUGCAUAUAUAUGGUCAGUUUUGAGCAGUUUUGCCAAAUAAAGAUUACACUUAAGCUUUGACUUGUUCCGGGGGUGGGGGGUCGUCUCUAUAAAAAUUUGGAGGUGCUCGUUGAAAUUUCAAAAUACACCCCUAAAAGAUAUCAGAAUAUAGCAUGUGUGUGUGGCUCAAAUUCAUUUUAACCCCUCCUGAGAGGUACUAUACGGAAAAAACGGUUGAGUAACCAAAAUACAUCUAAUAAUUUUCAGCGAGACAUCCCGUCGACAGGCUUCUAAGUGGUAUCAAUCCACAAAUCAAAUAUUAACCCCCAAAGGUAGGACGAGUUCCCUUAUUAUCUUUUUUGGUGACUUCUCCCCUGGGGACUUGUUUUGCUUUGGUUUUUUUCUACUCUUAUCGCCAAAGUUACUUCGAGUUUUAAUUGGUUCACUGCUCACGUUGUCCCUCUUGUCGGAUUAGUACAUAUAUGUGUCAAUCAAAUGCCAUAAUUUCACGGGUGUUACACUCUUGUCCAAAUCCUACUAAUUUGGGCGAGGGGAAUUAUUACCUAAUUUCACGAGUAUACCAUUUGAUUACCUCUGAUUAUGGGUGACCCCACUGACGAAUUACGCUCACAGUCGUAGGUUUUUGACAUGUUAAUCAACAAGAUUAUCGAACCAGAAAUCCACGCACUGAAAACUUAAUACAGCUUAAAGUCUUCCUUAACUUUAUAAGUUUCAAACUUCUUCGACAAAAUUCCUGAUAGAAACCUUCUUGAUGUGCUCUUUCGUGUGUUUAGGUUUUCUUAACCGUCUUUUGAUGCGCCGACAUCUUCAUUUCUAACAUUUAAAAACUUUGCCGCCAUCUUAGCACUGAGACGUACGAAAGGUUGCCAAGGCAAUUUUAUAAUUUCACAUGUGAAAUUAUAAAUUAGCCCUGAAAUUUCGCGCCACUUUGUCACCCAUCAGAUUGACUUUCUUGGUUCAGUGUACUACUAACUGCUCUUUAAAUUAGGUCCACUGGCUUGUUCUACCGAUUGGUAUCUCAGUGGGUCAUCUUGCUACAGAGAAAAUAAAAAAAAUCUAAAUACAUGGAUAGGUGCUCAAGAGGCAUGUUCUGACUUCGGAGGAGGUCUGGUGAAGAUAGAUAAUUACGAUCAGCACCGAUUUUUGAUUCGUUUCCUGGAAAUUUCUGGUCUAAAGAAAGUGGGAAUAAAUGUAAGUACGAGUUAUUUACUUCAGGAAUCACCAGGUGUUAAAAUUAAGCGUAAAGACAUGCUUACUCAUAUCUUCUUCUUGUGUAAAGAAUAGAGAGAAGUUACUACGUCACGUUGCUACGGAAGCAAAAUUUCUGAAUCUCAACAAACCUUUUGUUCGCGCAAAUAUGGCAAUUUUUACUUGCCGAGUUGUUUGAAUAUUAUCCUAUGCAUGAUUGUUCUGAUCUCAGGAACAAAACAGUUAGUAGCCCAUUCGCCACUUUAGAAAAUACCAUAAUGAUCCUUUUGUCCCCCCACCCCCCAAAUUUUGCAUAACUAUUGUUUUCAAUUUCUCUUGGGACUUAGAAUCGUCCCAAAAGAAACUGAAACUACCAUGGCUAUGCAAAAUGUUUUUUUGCGGGACAAAAAGAUUAUUACGGUAUUUUCUAAAGUGGCCAAUACCUUUCUUCCAUAAGAUUGUUGAGAUCCAGGAAUUUUGCUUCCAUGAUAAGAUGACGUCACACUUCUCUCUAUUGUGCAAUGUUUAGUAAUAGUGCACCGUCUGUCAAUCAAGGUUUACUAAGAAAGACGUAACAAAAGCACUACCGUUUUUUUAAGGUGAGUGGCAGUGAUUUGCAGCAUUUUUCGAAUAAUGUGACAAUAACAAACGCCCCAUGAUUAGUGAGGAGGCUAUAAAAACUUUUUGACAGGUUUUCAUGUUUUAAAGCACCCUUAACGAUAGCCUUUAAGGUGGCUCGAUCCGAAUGAUUACCUUGGUACAGUACUCGAUCAUGUUGUUAGUUGCAGAAACAAUUUCCUCCCACGGUCCCUAGCUUCAACUUGAAAAGUCUCUCCUUGUAAGAAAGGAAUGUGCAAUUUGUAAAUCGCCCGAAAAAUUGACACAUUCACUUGUAUAGUAACAAAAGCUUUAUAUGCAAUGUCCGACAGAAAUAAAACUGAUUUUAAUUUGCUCUGCAAGUUUUAAGAGACAGAAAAUUGCUGUUUAUAUAUAAAAGUAUUUAAAACCCCAGUAACUUAUUUACUUCUCACUUAGGGCAAAAAUUAAUGACUCCAAACUAAUGCCAAUCAUUUCUUAUUUCAAAAGGCUAACUUGCCUAUCCAUCCACGGCUUAAAAACGCACAGCUGGCAGACCUGAAUAAACCCCCAUUUAAUAUGGGGGUCUUGUUUGUACUUAACUAGAUUUGUUAAUGUCUUGUCUGUGUCCAUUUUUAAGUACGUGUGGUUUGGCAACACCGGGAACUCAAGAUGUAGAGGAAUGAACACAGAGACUGGAACGAUGGAAGAGCCCGACAACUGUGAAGGGCAGUAUAUGCACUAUGUUUGUGAAAGGCCAGCCGCCUCAACUAUAAGUGAAUACAAAUUUUAUAUGAUCCAAUUCUACUAAAGGUUUAGUUAAUGCCCGGGAGGACUGAUGCUUCCCCAUAUAAAAAGACGGGGAUACUCGACGCCUUAUUUAGGGGUACGGGUAAAUUGCAGAUCAGUUUAGUGUCAUUACUCGGGUUAAGGACUGAAAGCCAUAUUUGGACCUACACAAGUAUCUUUAAGGGCUUUGCGCGAAGAAAUGACGGAUAAAGAAGAAGAAAAGAAGACACAGUUAAUACCGAGCUUCAUACCUGUUAAAUGAUAUAAGUUCAACGGUUGUUUCGGACGUCGAACUUAAUUUAUUAGCCAAAGUAUUUUACAGACAUUCUCUUACUCUGAGAACUAGGUUGUGAGGGAGUCAUAGUUUUAGUCUUAGUAUUCAAAUCUGGUGACGGACCAGCUCUUUAAUUUUUCCAACUUCGCUCGCAUUUGGAAUGAGCUGAAGAUUUUUACUUCCUACGGACCAUUGAGCUUGAAAAGCCGGAGAAAUGACGCAGACAACACGGUAAUUAGAAAUUAGAAAUUAAAACCCGUGUACUAAAUGAGAACCGCGGUCACAGGCAAAGGAAAGGUUUUAGAACACUACUUAUCUCCAUUUUUUCCAGUCACCUGGAGAAAAUGACUCAAUUUCUUUUUACUGGCUGGCUAAUUAUCACUUAUUUUUUGCUGUGAAAAAAGGAAGGAAUAGACAUUCCCGGCUGGGAAAAUGACUUUUUAGUAAAAAUCCUAGCUGGGAAACGCCCUUAAGGUAAAGAUCCUGGCUGGAUAUUGUAUUUUAACAUCUACCUCUAGCUGGCUUUGGGGAGCGGAUCAGUAAUUUUCCCACAGAAGUUACUAAUCAACCAAAAAACACUUAGUGACUGUCCAAAUAUAUGCUGGAGGCGAUAUCCAAUCACUUUCGAAUUUUUUCUCGUUGAGUACUCCUGAGGUUAACGCAGCGGAAUUGCAAACUGUACAAUGCCGCCAGCAGGAGUCUUCACGACGGUUUUGCGAGACAUCUAAGGUCCACGAGUCCCAGUUAAAGUACGGCUUUUACCGUCAAAGCAUGUCAAAACCAUGCUUGUUUUCCUCGAAUUUAUUUUCAAGUUCCUCAUAAAUAAAGCUCUACCAGCGUCCACCGGAGAAUUUUAUGGGCAAAAAUGUUAAGGAUAAUUAAUGUAAUUAAUUUAAAAUUAGUUGUCUCUGCGCAAUAGAUAACGCCUUGACCUUGCACGUCGAAGGUUCGGGGCUUGUUUCCCGCUAGAGAAAUUUUUUUUUUGUCGUUUUGUUUGGUUUUGUUUUUUUCUUAAAACAUAUUUUCAUUUUUUGACAGACUUAAAAUACACCGCUAGACUAAUUGCAAGUUCAUUAUCAACUUUUAUUUCUAAAAUAAUUAAUCCACGACUUAGCCAUAGGAAUGGCUAACUAAAUUUAUUAAAGAUAGGGGUUAUUUUGGCCGCCUUCCAUUUGCUUGGGAAAAUCUCAGUUUCUAUCUGUUCUUAAUGCUUGAUAAUGAAGGCCAAACAAUACCACUGGCCACUUUCCAUUACUUACGCUUUCCUUUCGUUUACAAAUAUUUCACUCAACAACUUUCAAAUCGUUUUGACGUUUGGGGCUAGGGAAACGAGACGAAGAUAAAACAACGGUUUGAAAUUUGUUUUUGGUAUCUCCCUUGCCAGGUCAGGGCCGAUAGUUGUGAAAACAAUUGUUGAUAGGAUCAACCAAAUCGUUUUCGAUGUUUCGAUUUUUUCCUUAUUUGCGCGAUGUUACCCCAUCUUUUGAGCGCGUUUCCUUUGCUCAUUUCCAGAUUAUUUCUGAAAUACUGCCGCUUAGCUACUUAAUGGCAUUGUUUGUCUCAUACCUUUUUCUUUCGCUAAGCGGAGGGACCUUGUCAGAUAUUCUGUAUCUAAAACACUCACAUGAGAAGGAGACUACCCUCUCAGUUAUCCUGCAUUUUUCCACAGGCAGUAUUUGUUAUCACAACCAAAACAAUGAUUCAUCGGAUCCCAUCAAAAUCAAGUGCUCAUUCCCAGAAAACUUUUGUUUCAAAUUUGACAAGAAAACGGAGGAUAACAAACAAGUCACCAUUCAAGGAUGUAUAUCCGCUGAUCAAUGCAGACAGUUUGAUGACGAACAUUUGCAAUGUUGUGAGGGAGAUCUUUGCAAUAAUAGUAAGUGUCAUGGUUAUACAAACGCAAAACUUUAUUAAGUUACGCGCACUCUAAGAUUUUGACAAUGUUGCAAAACAGAGACAAGUUGGAGAAGAAAACUGAUCGAAAAGCAAAUAUGGUGUACUCCUACUGAAUUUUUUUUCUUUCUUCUUUUUAAUUGUUACCUCCUUUGAUUAUAAUGCUUCUAUUUCGCAACUUGUAAGUCUUCGGCCAAUCUCAGCUACGGCAGGAUUAAGGUAGGUGUGUUUCAGAUGUUGUUCAGUGAUGGCACAGCGGGUUCUUCGUGAUACACGGUAAGUCUUCGGCUAUUUGAAUCUGUGUUUACCCAAUUUUAAGGUAACGGACUCAUUUCAUGAGGUGUUUUUGCUAUACUUUGUGGUUGCACAAGUUCCUUUUUUCGUGGAAACGCCUUCUCAUCACGACUGGAUCUUAUAAUUACAGAGGACACGAGUGUACAAGCUCAGUUAGCCAGGUAAGACGCGCUUUUGUCCUCGCCGAAGGGUAGUAAACAAGUUCCACUGUCAACAAGUGACAGUGUAGUAAGAGAAGAGGUUUUAACACUAUAUAAGCUCUAACGAGUCUGUAACCCUUUUAAUCUGACCGCAUAUUAUUGGAAAAAACUUCCCCACUUCCAUUUAUAGUACAGUGCCAGGCCCGUAGCCAAAUUUUAAGGGAAGAUGCAAUCCAACGAGGAGACGGGUCAAAUGAGGCCGAAGGGGCAAAUCUCUACGUGGGGUGGGGGGGCGGGGAGUAGAGCUUUGGUUGUCUGAGACUGAAUUGCAAGCAAUUUUGCAACUAGGCAACUAGGGGGUCCGGGGGUAUACUCCCCCGGAAAACUUUUAAAUUCAAGCCCUCUGAAAUGGCUGGAAAUGUAUUUAAAACUAUCAUAGUGUGGAGAAAACGUCAGCAACAAAGAACGUCGCCAUAAAAAAAUUUUUCUCCACUGAAACGCAUGAUACAACAUACCUCCAUGUUGAGCUGAAGCAGCUGAUGCGCUUAGCUAGUAAAAAUCUUUUCCCCCUCAUUCAACGCCGGGCCGAGAUACUGAUAAUAAAAGUUAAUUAACAACCAUAAUCCUAAAUGGACUUUUAUUGAGCAAUGAAAAAAUGUCUUGUAGGCACACCAAAUCCCCGUUUUAUACUUUACGAAGGCUAAAACACAUUUUCUGGAAAGAGUGAGUCAGGUUCAGUGUAACCUCUUUUACAGCAUUUUCAAUUUUACUAUACAAUCAGUAAAUUAAAAUAGAACAAUACUCCUACUUCACUUUGUUUUAAAUCGCUGAUCAAUGAAAAAGUGGACCUCUGUUGCCUGUGGUGGGGAGGGGGGAGGGGGGAGGGGAGGGGGGGUGAGCGCAGCCGUCGCACCCCCACUCCCUACGGGCCUGAUACUGUACCUUUGAUCACAAUUUGAUAUAUUUAUUUUCUUUGCAGUCAUAGAAGCCACGACUCCCGCAUCUGCACCAGAAAAUUCCACGGUCAUUAACAAAGUUAUUUACAUUUCACUUGGCGUCACGUCUGCUAUUUUGCUGUUGUCGGUCGCUAUUUUCGUCUGGUGCUACAGAAAAAGAAAGGAAAAGACUAUUGAAAGGUUUUUGCAGCUCUGAUAAUGCGUAGCUGGCGGUUUUUUUGUUUGCUUCUUUUUUCUUUUCAGUUUUUGGACGAAAAAGAAAUUGUAGGGAAGGGGACGAGGGGAGAAGUAAGUGAGAAAAACCUCCUGUAUUCAACCCUUGAGAUUUUUAAAACGCCGCUUCCAGUUUUUGUGAAAGGAUGAUGUGACAUGUUUCGAGGUCUGACGUCAGCUGACGAAAUGUCGCGCCAAAGUUUUUUUGUUUAAUGUUUUUUUGUUAGCGCUUUCCCGAUAAUCAUUCUCUCUCUUCGCCCCCUCCCCCAUCGUUUUCUGUUUCGACCUCGGUUCAAUACUCUUACUUUGCAAACCACGAAUAAAAAAAGACACCAAAGAACCUGCAGCUAUGCUGGCUACAUAAACACGGAAAUAAAUCUAACACUAAGAAAAGCUUUUGUUUUGUCUUUUUAUCUAAAAGUAGCGAUUAAUCUUCGCUUCCCGUGACGUUAUUGGCUAAAUUACAUCACGUGUCAACAAAACCGACAUAGUGCACCUGCCAAGAUGACAGAUAACAUUAACUAGAAGUCAAAACCAUUAAUUAAUUUGCAAUUCUUAUGAAAAAUAACCAAAGGACAUUUUUCAUUGUCGAAAGAUGCAUGGACAAAAAAUGAAAAAUUCUAAGAAUAGUCUGAUGAGGACGAAGUUUGCUUUUUAGAUAUGCCUAAAGUGAAUUAGAAUGGAAUAAGUUCUUUUUUUUAGUCACUGCUCGUGAAGGAUGGUGCCCUUGUCUGAAUCGUCCUUUUAAAAAAAAAAUCAGUUUCUUUUAUCCCCACUCGGCUAUUUUGAUGUAGCUUUUUUUUUUCACGCGGAGAACAUCUCAGCUUCGGCCAUUAUCCUCCCGCGAUGCACCAGUAGCCAGGUGCAAUAAUUUUUGUUGUUGGUAAAGUUUACAGAUAUACGAGUAUAUGUUGCUAUAAUAUUGUGAUCAGCGUAAUAAUCCAGCAUUCUUUUUUUUUCCUUUUUCUAGGUCACUUUAUUCACAAGACGAGAUUACUCCUCCUGACAAGUGGGAAAUUUUGCCUGAGCAAAUAGACUUUGAGGAAGAGCUGGGGAGAGGAGAAUUUGGUGUUGUUUAUAAAGCAACCUUUAGUAAGAGUGAUGAGAUGGAGGUGUUGGUCACUGAGACUUCAAAAUGGCCUGUAUCAUCCAUGAAGCCGAAGGCACCACAGGUGGUGGCUGUCAAAAUUUUACAUGGUAAGAAAUACUGACUGUUAUCUCCACAGACAAAGACAUAAAGUCUUAACUGCCUUUCAGUCUUCUUCAUAUUGUUGUAAGAAUCCUUAUGGAUUUAAGUAACUCUUUGGGAACUUUAAGAUCUCAGAAAAAAACAAAACUCGAUUCUUUUCGAAGACGUGAUCGCAUGGUAAAACAAAUUACACCACCCAGAGACAUUCCAUUUUUAAAAUCGGGAUUGUCUCUCGUUGGUGAAGAGCACGGCAAAGUUGGAAUGAGUGCAAGUAAUUUGUGGUUUCUUUAUUCUCUAUGUAAGUGUGAAAAAAUAAUAAACGCUGUUAAGUUCCAAAAAGUAGGUUUAAGCCUAUUAGCUCUAAACAAAUGCAUCUCUUACGAAUUUACAUUUCCCCAAAACCGAAAAAAAAGUAAUGAUCUACAGAGCCUGAAUUAAAGGCAAUAAUGAAAAUAAGUUUAAAAAAUGCAGCCUCUAGUCAAUACAUGUAUACCCUGCGAGCAGUGGUUUCUCCAGGCCUGGAGAAACCACUGCUCGCAGGGUAAUACAUGUAUGACAACUCUUCCUGAAGGAUCGGAUGCAUUUGAUGAUUUGGUCUCCCCUUUUUGUGAUCCAUGUUGCCCAGUUUACACCUCAAGUCAUUUGAUAAUGUGGAGAACUAAGGGGAAGAAAUUAUGAAACUGAGCUACGAAAUCACCAUGCUCACGUCUAGACCCAGGGGGUUUUCUCUUAUUAGAAGCUAUACAAGUGUGAGCGGGGCCGAAGGACAUGGUUUUUAACCCCUUUGCGUGUGAAAUUGGGAAAAGAUUUCCACGAUUUUGGAAAAACAGAUUAAACGUGAAACAGGAUUCGGUUUUGCUCUGCCUUGUACCAGGUCUGUAUUUAUUUUAUUCUAUUCUAUUGUUGGUUUAUUAUUUAUUUAUUCAUUUAUCUAUGUAUUUAUUGUUUUUAUUUCAUUCGCCUUUUAUGAACAGCGGUUUAGGUAGUGAGGGAAACCGCAUAGUCACAUCACACUACCACCCGAAUUUUCCAGGAGUACCUCCCGGGGCUGCUUGGAGGGUGCAGUGGUAAAAUAAAAAUAAUAACAAAUGUCUGAAUAUUUAUCGAUAUUCUAUUACACGGUAGAAUGCAUCUGUGUAUACCCUUGUGCAUUAUAGGAUGAGUGGGAAGCGGUAAAAAUGGACGAAUAUGUUUUUCAAAUGAAACAUUUUGCACUGAAUAAUGCUGAAAAAUAAUGAUAAUAAAAUCAAUGUCAUUUUAUUUAAUUAUCUUUAGAUAAUCCAUCUGAAGCACAGAGAGAAGAGUUCACGUUUGAGAUUGAACAGAUGAAGCUGUUGGGUUCACAUAAGAACGUUGUAUCCAUGGUUGGAUGCUGCACGCUUCAGGAGAAAAUGUUCCUGGUUAUAGAAUACGUUCCGUGUGGUGACCUGCUGACGUGGCUACGCCGCAGAAGAAAAAAGGUAUGGACAUGACCAAUUAUACAAUUAGUAUAUAUCGAAAUUAUCAAGAAACAGAUGUAGGGAGACAACAUUACGAAUAUAUUUUGGUACCGUCAGAACAUUUUGUACAACUUAUUUAAGCAACUGCAGUUGCUUGAAAGUUAUAAAGGCAUUUAAUGAUUACUAACAAUAAUAAUUAUAUUUUUGUUACUUGCUUGAUGUUUAGAUCAAAGAACUUCAAGCUACCGAGAGAUCUUAUGCUGACAAAGAGGUUCUGAAAGAUCAGGGAGAGACCAGAGAUCAAGUAGGCUUGUAUACUGUAGUUUAACUUUUCCAUACUAGCUCUGUCCUAAAACAUUCAUUAUCCAGGGCCCGGUUGCUAGAAAGAUGGUCAAGUUUAACCCAGGAUUAAGCGAAAUUUUAAGCGCGGUUUUCUUGCUAAGAGAAUGUAACUCAAGCUUGCAAAAUACUGUUGAGCUUUUACUCUGAGACACAGUAAUGAUUUACACAAAAUGUUUCUCUAAGAAAUGCAUAGGAAGGUAAAUACAAAAAGUAGAACAAAAUCUUAAUCCUGGAUUAGCGCUAAUCAGCCCUUAAGGAACCGGGCCCAGAGUGCUUGUUUGUUUUAUGUCUGGUUUACCUAGCUAUCUAAUCUACCCAUCCGAUUGUUGUUGAAUGGUUUGCACGUAACGUAAUCAUAAUUCAAAAUAAAGAAUUAUUUAUCCUUCUGAGUUUCAAUUUGGUGAACUAUUAGAGCAACUAAACUCGUGUAUUUCUACAAAGUUUCAGUUCGAAAGGGUUCUUCAUUUUGUGACAGAACACGUUUGAGUAUUCUAAUAUAUUGCGUGACGCGACAAUAAUUGGCAACAAAAGCUGUCACGUAACUGUCGGUUAAAGAGUGACAUAUCUUUUUUUUUAGAUUUUGCCACCUGAACAGUCCUUGUUUUUUGAAUAAGUAUUAAGUUUAAUGUCUAUGAGCUCUCUAGAGAUGAGUACUCGCUUUAUGGCAAUGUUUCUGUUAGUUUCCGGCCGCCAUAUCUGCGUUCCUCAGAGGGACGCCAACAUGGCUGGCCUCUCUAAACAAAGCUCUAUAAAUUUAGGUAACACACUUCUCCGAAUACCUCGCAAACGAAAAAACUGCACAGACCUGAAUCUUAACAAGACUUUUUGCAUAUCCCUUAGAUUCCUGAAUUUAUUCAUUUCCACACAGGUCAGUAAACUUGCUAAGAAACAGAUAAAGCAAGCGGAGAAAAUACAAUUGAGUAUGGAAAUGACCCCAUUACUACAAGAUAACAGCGAGGACACAGCGUCGACUUCUUAUCAUCUCGGUGACGAGGUAUGAAAGAAGUCAACCAGGAGGGCUAAAAGAUUUUAGAUGACGUUUUUUUCUACUAUAUAUGUAAAAACUGCUUAACUCAACUUAAACGAGGCCUGUAGCUCAUGAAAGGAAUUCUCGUGUAAUCCUUGUAAUCCCGACUAGUGCAAUCGAUAGAGUCGAUAAUCGAUAAUGAUGGAUAAGUCUCGGUAAAGAGCGAUUGAUUAAAUUGAAAAUCGAUAAAAAUCGAUCGAGGAAAAACGUGUUGCUAAUCGAUAAUUAUCGACUUUAAUCGAUUUUUAUCGAAGUUGUCGAUUUUAAUCGGCCGCUUACUUAAUUAGGUUAACAUUGGCAAAGAACGUUGUUUCCGAAUCAUACGUACAUUAUUUAUGUGGCUUUGGACGGUUAAAUUUGUAGCGAAAUUUAUUUCACAAAUUACACUCAAUAUUCUAACGAAACAUUUUCGGCCAAUCGACAGGAUAAAAAAGAGUUAUAAGCAACUGACUCAGCUUGCUUGCACUGGAAACUGUUCAAGUUGAACCCUACAAUGUAUAGUUCAAGUGGUGAGGAUAAUGUUCAGUGUACAGUUUUUCAGCAAGACCCUUAAAUUGCCUCUUCAAAAAGCAUAUUGGAAAGGAUCAUUUAAAUCGUGAUCUGUAAAUAUGCAAAACAAAGUAGAUAAUGAACUCCGCAACUAAAUGGAAAAAAAAGUAUCAUGACCAUAAAACAAAAAUGUGAGAGAAAAUCAUCAUUUAAAACAGAAAACAUCUCCAUAUUGCUAAUAUAAUUUGCUGUAAAAUAAUGCAUCAUUGGAUUUUGAACCUUGGAGGCAAUCGAUAAUAUCGUUAAAAUAGUUAAAAACCAUAGCGCUGUCAAUUGAUUUUCUGAUAUCAGUUUUUAUCGAUUGCACUAGUCAUGUGUAAUAUGCAAAAGUUGUCUCUUUAGUUAAUUAUCCGGGAACCGAGAAGCGCCUCUUUAUGAAAGAAUUAGUUAACUAUAAAGACAUUUAAGAAAAUCAGAGAGAGGGUUGUUAAUCAAGAAGGCCUACCACAAAGCUAGAUUUGGUAUUGAAGAUUUUACUGAUCCAAGUCUACUAAAGAUCCGGCUGCCUCACUGGUUUGUCGUUGUGGUUGUGCCUUCACAAGUGUUUCUUAUACCACAAAACGUAAUCAUGAGUUAAUCGUCAAAUUUAUUUAUUUAGACUAAGUACGUUUUACCUAGAUUUUAAAAUUCUCCCCUAUCUUCUUGUCCUGGCAGCAGUAGGUCAUCUGGUUGUUGUUGAACUUUAGUCUUUAAUUCACCGAAAUUCUAAAUGACCAUUGCAUAGAGUAACAACAGAGUGGAAAUUUGAGGUAUACGUGAACGGACAGAAUACAAGAUUCCACGACUGAUAUUACAUUAAAGAAUGAUAAUGGUUAAACGGAGAAAAUGGCCAGUACUGGACCAAUAAAUUACGGUUUUUGUUUUGCUUUGUUUUUUACAAAGGAAAGUAAACCUGCUAAAGAUCGGACAAAGCAGGAGCAGCAGACGAACGAGAGCAUGGAAUUGACUUCGUUAUCAGAAGAAAUCAUUAAUGAUGAGGUCCGACAGGACCUGGCGUCGACUCUUCAAGGCCAUCUUGUAUGAAGGAAAUACUUAAAUAUCUCAUUUUAUUUUUCUUAAAUUCAUUUAUCGUUAUCAAAAGAAAGCAAUGAUGAUGUCCGACAGGAUCUGGCGUCGACUUCUCAAGGCCAUCUUGUAGAAAAGAAAUACUUAAGAGAGUGUCUCUGUAAGAGCGGUCCGGUCGAUUUUGCUUGAGACACAGAUUACGCUCAUUUCUUGUGUGUUGUAAGACAUUCAUGUACCUAUACUAAAACCACAAUCCGUUUGAUCGGAUCUCUUUAUUUUUCAGAGUUUUACGGAAAUUAAAUUUCACUCGAGCGAAGGCCUGUCGGGACACUUUUCAAGACAUUAAUUUGAGGCAACUUUGGCGGACAAUUUACAACAAACUACGGGACUCCGCAAAAAACAAAUACCACAGCCAUGUAUAUUAACUCUAUCUUAUCCAUCGAGGCGACUUUCGUGAACAUCACGUUUCAAUCAAGCAAACAGGAAGACUUGAACGACACCUUAUCUGUUUGCUUAAGUCACACACCCGAAAACCGAUCAAAUUCAAGGUACAUUUUUGAAAAAGUGAGGCGUUCUUAACUGAUCCAACUAAUAUAGCUAGGACGUAGGUGCCAUAGAAAAGGUAACUACAGAAAAAAACUUUGCGGCCCGACCUUUACUAAAGCUUUAUAACUCCGUGAACUUACCUAAUUUUCGGCAAUCUCCAAGUUUUGCCGCCAUUUUGAGGGACUUGUCAACAUGAAGCGUAGCAGAUAUAAAUCGAGCAGGUAGACCUAAAACCGUCAGAAAUACAUACGAAAGCAUUCAAAUGAACUUCACUUUCAAUUCAAAGGGCAAAAUUUGAAAUUGUUCGUUAAACCUACCAUUCCUACAUCCCCAUGCGACCGUUUCUUCCAACAAUUCAAACACUACAACUAGUGUUCGAAUUUCCCUCGUCGAUUCCACCGUAAGAAA